AUGGAGUGCUCCAGACACCUUUCGGAUCUCCCGAGGAGUGCUGCCGAUGCUGCACAGUAUUUCCGGGCCCAAGGAGGGAAUACGACGGAGAAGCUCUUCUGGUCGCAGUACCUGGCGCCGGAGCGGCCAGCGCUGCUAAACAACCAGAUGAUGCAGGUGGUGGAGCUGCAUAGGAGGUUGUUUCUCUCGCAGCACCAGUAUGCCUUAGAGGUUCUUGAGCGCACCCACAUGAGCAACUGUAAGCCUGCCACUACGCCCAUUGACACUCGCUCCAAGCUCUCCGCUUCCGACGGCCCUCCCCUCUCCGACCCGUCUCACUAUUGCAGCUUAGCGGAAGCUCUCCAGUACCUCACCCUCACGCGUCCGAACAUCGCCUACGCUGUUCAGCAGGUCUGUCUAUUCGUGCACGACCCGCGUGAACCGCACUACACCGUCCUCAAGCGGAUCCUACGCUACAUCCGCGGCACCUUGCAACUCAGUCUUCAUCUUCGGCGCUCCUCCUACCACAGGUUGAUUGCGUACUCGGACGCCGACUGGGCCGGCUGUCCCGACACACGCAAGUCUACAUCAGGCUUCUGCAUCUACGUUGUCGACAACCUUGUCUCAUGGUCCUCGAAGCGUCAACCGACUAUCUCGCUCUCCAGCGCCGAGGCGGAGUACAAGGCCGUCGCCAACGACGUGGCUGAGGCGUAUUGGCUCCGGCAGCUACUCCGCGAGCUCCGACGGCCCCCGUCCGCGGCGACCGUCGUCUACUGCGACAAUGUGAGCAUGAUGUACCUCUCCACCAACCCUGUGCAGCACCAACGGACGAAGCACAUCGAGAUCGACCUUCACUUUGUUCGUGAGCGUGUCACCUUCGGCGACGUUCGGGUCCUCCACGUGCCCUCGACGUCACAGUUCGCCGACAUCUUCAUGAAGGGGCUCCCGACGCCCAUCUUCCCCGACUUCCGGUCUAGCCUCAACGUCCUCAAUGAUCCCGUUGCGACUGCGGGGGCUAUUGGAAGAUGCCCGUUGCUAGUGUAA